AUGUAUAAGAACAAAGAAAAUAUCGAUAAAAUUUAUAAAGAAAAACUUCAAAAACCGAAUAUAUACAAUACAUUUUUACCAUUUUAUGAUACUGUUAAACAACAAAGUUUAGAAACAUUUGAAGAAAUAUGUGAAAAUCUUUCACGUAUUAUACAAUUACGUGAAUUAAGACCAGGUUUUCCAUUAUGGUCAUCAAAAUUACAACAAUUUAUUUCACUUUAUGGUUUUUGUUUCUCUAAAACUGAUCAUAUUAAAUUAAUUCAUUUAUAUUUAUCAAUACUUUCAAUUCCGGAUUUGAAUUAUUCAAAUGCAAAAACAAGUUUUGAUAUUAUUGAUGAACUUUUAAAGUUAGUUCUUAUUUUUUUAAA